GCGGGCGGAGCUUGGUUUUCGCUGGUUGGAAGAGCCGCGAUUUUGAGGGUUCAGUAGAAUCUUCCUUUGCUCUAGACUAGAAGGGCUUCUAGAAGUUGCACAGCCUCUUCUCUGACAAAUUUCGGAGAACUCCCAACCUGUGAUUGAUCGACGUUACUAUUAUUGAGUUAGACUACAACCCGUCUUUUCAAGGUGUAAUCCUGAUGCCAACAAGGAAUAACUCCAUUGAACACGGACAAUCAGAAUGCAGACUCCAGUAACUCUUCUAGCUUCACCAGCUCUGCUCCGCUGCUGUUCUCGAAUUCUAACUAGGCCAGCUUCCCUAUCUUUACUGAGUAGGCCUGAGACACAAACUGUGCAGCCGUUUGGCUUUUCCACUCAUCAGCUGGCUCAUCGGGAAAUCCAAACCAGCUCUGUCUCCCGUGAUAUUGAUACAGCUGCUAAAUUCAUUGGUGCUGGUGCUGCUACGGUGGGAGUAGCUGGUUCAGGAGCUGGGAUUGGAACAGUGUUUGGCAGCUUAAUCAUUGGUUAUGCCAGGAACCCAUCCCUCAAGCAGCAAUUGUUUUCUUAUGCUAUCCUUGGUUUUGCCCUUUCGGAAGCCAUGGGGCUCUUCUGUUUGAUGGUGGCGUUCCUGAUUCUGUUUGCCAUGUAAAAAGGCUCUGCUGUCCUCUCAGUUUAAGCCUUCUGUUAGAGAUAUAAACAAACUUUAAAUAAAUAUAAUUCAAGGUU